AUGUGUUUCGGGGUUUGGAAAAAAUUUAAAGAAUUUGUUCAUGACAAAGGCGGAAAUGUGGUGGAUUUGGGUAUCGGUAUAAUUGUUGGUGGUGCUUUCACCAAUGUUGUGACUUCUUUUGUGGAUUUCAAGAAAAUGAAAUUUGAAGGAUCGGAUUCUGGCACACUUAAAAAGUAUAUUGAUACUAUCUGUUCUCAACCUGGUCGUGACAUAAAAGCUGAAUAUAAGACUUUAAUAUUGUCAUUUAAAAAACUCAUUGAAGAAGAAUGGGUCAAUGCAGAAGCUUGGGAUGAUCGUAAAAAACUCAUGAAGUUAACUAAUAACCACGAAAGUGGACUUGUUUGUGAUUAUUGUCACUGUAAUAUUUGGAAUCGACAUUACCAUUGUUAUUCUUGCCAGACGGAAGAUGAAACAUAUUUUGAUUUAUGUUUACAAUGUUAUGCAUCUGGAAGGGGUUGUCAACAUUUUAUGUAUCUCAGAAGGCACCUAAAAAUGAGACAUAUCUUAAAAGUUUAUAAAAGUGCAAGAGAUACAUAUUAUAAAAAGUUUGACCAGGACCCGUUAUUGCCAAGUACAAUUGAAUUAGAAGGUAGCAUUGGCACGUCAAGUUAUGAUUUAUGGAAGGCUUCGUAUGAAGAUUUAGAACCACCUACUCCCUUACCACACCCUAAUGUUGUUUAUAUGGAGCCUUCAAAACUAUUUUGUGAAAAUAAAAAGUGA